UCGUAAAGAACACUCCUUGGCCCUUGCUUCUUUCUUGAUCCCGUUUCCCACCGCAGUUUCCUUGUUAUUUCAGAGCAGAGAAACAAAAGCCAAACCAAAAAUGGCGACAACACUCGCAAACAGAGCUGCUACGAAUCAAACCAUUGGGCUAUCGAGACUCGUGUCCAACUUCUUCAGAAACCUCUCCACUGCCAGUUCUACUCAAAACCCUCGCGCCUCCUCCUCUUCAGCUACCAAAAAACCCAAGCGGAAAAAGAAGAAGAACCUGUUUGAGGUAGCUCAGUUCUUACCCAACUGGGGACUUGGUUACCACAUGGCCAAAACUCAUUGGACUGAUGUUUCUUAUCAGAUCACUAAGGUCAAUCUUUACAAGGAUGGAAGGCAUGGCAAGGCAUGGGGAGUUGUUCACAAAUACGGCAUGCCAGCUGCAGAUGCUCCCACGAAAGUAAGUGGAGUUCACAAGCGCUGUUGGAGAUACCUUCCACAUUUGUCAAAACCAGAAAAAAUGACUCCACACUUGAAGAAACCAACAGAAAAUGCCCCAAAGCCUGAAGCCCAAGUAGCUUGAUGCAUUGCCUCAAAUUCUGGAUGCUAGUAACCUGCUAUUGUAUUGUCAUUGGCUGAUUCUUUUGCACUCUGUAGGCAGAGUUAUCUUCAGAUAUGGUAAUGCUUUAAAAUUCAUUUCAAGAUGCAUGUGAACUUUCAUAUGCUAUCAACUUUGUGCUUUGGAGCUGCUCAAUUUUUACUGGCUCAAAUGGGAAAUCUGUAGUCAGAACUAAAAGUUUUGUGAAAGAGUUAAUUUCAUUUAAACGUUUUUUUUUGUUUGGAGUGGCA